GUUCGAGAGCCGGUCAGAUGUGCAGAUGACGCUGCAAGGCCGGCAAGGCCGCCGAGCGGCGCUUGCGCUUGUUGCGCUUGUUGCAUGGUGCGCCUGUCACGUGGAUCACGUGGAGGCGGUGGAUGUGAGUUUGUUUCCACCGUGCCAAGCAUCAUCUAUCCCACCAGUGGCUGGAAAUGUCUCGCAGAACAACCUGGUGCUGGAUGCAGGUUGUCGCUACAACCUCUACGAGAAGAACGAUGCUGCAAGCUGCCUCAAAGGAAACUGGAUUGUCAUAGCAGGCUCUUCCAACACUUUGCUGGAGUUCAACAACUUGAUCAAUUUUUUAGCUCCCAAAGAGUUCGACAUCGACCGCACGGGUGAGUUGAUCGGGAUCAGUGCCCUGGUAGAUGCCAUUGUGGAGGAUGGAGAGGUGACCCAUUGGGAGCAGAUACCCAAUGUGGAGCCGGCGUGCCGACAGCUGAAUAUGUCAGACACCAGAAAAUUGGAACCUCAGUGUAAAGACAAGAUGGUGCAACUAUUGUCGAAAGCGCCACGCCGCCAUGGCGCCAUCCGUGUGACCUUCGUCACAGCCUUCUUCUGGGCUCGCAGUGAUCUGGCCAUGGAUGUCAUCGAUGAGGUUAUCGAUGCCGAUGGAGACGGACAUUGGAAAAAUGCCAAGUUGGGAUUCAUCACACAGAUUGGGGCCUGGUACUACUACUGCUCCAAGCUGAAGUUUUCCUACUGUCCAAGGAAAGAGCUCAUAGAACAGGACAUGUAUGGCAAAGGCAUGCAGACAUUUAAGGAGGAGAUGGAGGUGAGUUUGGAGCGAAUGCAGAGCUGGUGUCAUAGUGGUCGAGUUCAGCUUGGAUGUUACCUUCAAACAAUCAGUUGGAGCGAUGGCAAAGGAGAGCGAGAGACUUAUGCAGAUAUGAACGUCUACAUCCAGAAGGCCAUGACAUCCCAAGCUUCGUUCAAGUUUCAACUGAUCGAUUUCUACCAGAUGGGUGGCAACAUGCCCGAAGAGGUCCAUGGUGGACAUGGAUCUAUCCUCUUGAACCUCUGGAUGUGGACGGUGAUGUUCAACUCCAUCUGCCCCGCGGGACUGGCAUCCGAAAAGGUCAACGCUGUCUUCGACGGUGUCAUGUGCUCUGGGACCCAGUUGCGCUGGGCGAAUUGCCCCAAGUAUCAUCACUUCUGCACUCAUGGAGGACCCGCCUGUGAGAAAUGGGAGUGUAUGAACAGCGUGCAAUGCACUCUCCGUGCCAGCAACCCGCCAGAAAUGGGCGACACCAAAGGAAUGUGUGAUGCUGCCCUGGACAUUUCUGGUUUUGCUGCCGCGGAGAAAACGACAUGUCAUCGCCUUUGGUGUCACGAACAUGUGCAGUGGCUUCUCCCCGCGGCUGUCACGGUGCUGGCCUUGUUGUUGAAAUUAUUCCUCAGCGAAAGUGGCAAACAGGAUGUUUCAAGAGAGGUACAGCAGGC